GUGUUGUACUUCAGUGAAAUUUCAGCUUGUUGUUGUGGUUUAAUCAAUUAAAGAUUAAUCACUGAAAUGGAAACAAAUAUUCGUGACUCAAUGGAAGAUCUGGGCUGUGUAGUGCCAAGAGCGGCCCAAGACCGAGUUUGGGACACCCUGCACUAGACUACUGCAACACCGUUUUCCCUGCCAUAACCCCUCACAUUGGUGCCACAAAAGAGAGAUGAUAAUGUGCAGGUACCAAGGCCCUCUGUUGGAUGAUGGAGCACUGGAGGCUGCGGUGAGCGGGGGAGCACCAGCACCAGAGUUUACCAAGCUGUGUGCCUGGAUCGUCUCAGAGCUCAAGCUCUACUGUCACCUGGAGGAGAAUGUCCAUGCCACCAACUGUCCCAGUGAGGCAGAGGAGUUCCAGCUGGAGAUGAGUGGUCUUCUUUCUGAGCUGGCAUGUCCUUACAAGGUCCUCAUCACAGGAGAUGUUACCCAGAGGCUCCUCAACAAGACAAAUUGCCUACUGCUCAUCAACUUUCUGAUCUCGGAGCUGGAGGCCUCAAGGAUGAUCCAGGUCAACAAGCCUCAGAAGGCAGCCCAGGAGGCCAGGGGCAGUGUUGUCUUUAUGGAGCUGAAGGGGAUCUGUGUGUCCCUGGGCAUGUCCAAACCCCCAGCCAACAUCACCAUGUUCCAGUUCUUCAGUGGGAUCGAGAAGAAGCUGAAAGAAGCUCUAACCAAAGUGCCAUUAACUCAUGUUGGGGGUCCUCUGAUGAAGAAGGCACUUGGACCAGUUCACUUUGACAAAAUUGAAGCCAUCAAUCAAGCACUUGUGAAUGAGUAUGAAGUCCGAAGGAAGAUGUUGUUGAAACGUCUUGACGUGACCGUUCAGUCCUUUGGUUGGUCGGACAAAGCUAAGAAACAUGCUGAAAAGCUGGCCAAUGUAUACCCACCUCUGCGUUCAACCCUAGCCACAAAGAGCAAAGUCUCUGUGGCUCACCUCUUUGCUGCACGAGAGGACCUCUCCAAGAUUAUGCGCACAAGUAGUGGCAGGAUGAGGGAGCGCACUGCUUGUGCCAUUAACAAGGUUCUGAUGGGACGCGUGCCAGACAGAGGUGGGCGACCCACCGAGAUCGAGGCGCCCCCACCAGAGAUGCCCACCUGGCAGAAGAGGCAGGAUGGCCCUCAGGGAGGUGGACGAGGAGGCGUCAGGGGGGGCUACGACCAGCACUCUCAGGGGGGCCGAGGGGGUUACGAGCGUGGAGGAGGGGGUUAUGAAAGGGGCGGGAGGGGUGGAGGAGGGGGCGCCAGAGGGGGAAAAGUGCAGGGAGGCUGGUCGGACGGAGGAAGAGGUGGUGGUUACCAGGGCCAUUACCAGGAAGGGGGUGGGGGGAGAGGAGGUUACGGGGCUGAAAACUAUCAAGGGGGCUUUCAGGGCCCUGGUUACCCUGCAGGAGGGCAUCAAGGCCGAGGAGGUGGUUACCAACACGACAACCACGAUCAAGAUGGUGGUCGCCACCAGGACAGGGGUGGUGGAGGGGGUCGUAGGGGAAGAGGUGAUAGAGGAAGAGGUGAUGGUAGGGGAAGAGGACAGGGGGGAGGCUGGGGAGGGCGAGGGGGUCAUAAUUUUAACCAAGGAGGACAGUUUGAACAGUUCUUCCAGCAGGGUGGCCAGCAGUACAAUCAAGCAGGCUUUAGCCAGGGGAGCAGAAACUACACUAGUUGAAAACAGUGCAGGCCACUGAAGCAGAGGUCAUGCAAGACUAUUUUCCGAUGUGAAUGAAGUGAAAACGCCUUAUUUUCUAAAUGUGAAUAUGAAUAUACAGCAUGGUUAUUAUAAUUUCUUCCCUGAACAAAAUAAGAAAUGUGGAGUGACCAGUCUCCAACUGAAGAGAAGGUCCCAGUCAUGCAUGACAUGAGAGCUCAUACAAACCAGACUUUUUCAGAAUCCCAUGGCUAUGUUACAAAUGACUGUUCCCAUGUGUUCUUUUACAUACGUGAGUGCUUUUGUGUUUAUGCUGUGUUUCACUAUCUAAAGCCAAUGGUUGCCAUUGUUACACUAAUUAUCAAGCCUUAUCUUGGAGAUCAUUUGAAAGUGCUGUAAAAAAAAAUAUUUGCCCCCUUUCUGAUUUUCUCUAUUUUUGAUACUGAAUGUUAUCGGAUCUUCAAC